GAUUGACAUUAACACUGUAAAAUAAAUCAUCAAAAUAAAAAAUUAAUUUAAAAUUAAAAAUGACUAAAAGACACUAAAAGUCAUAAAAAAUUGAUAAGAAUAAAAUAUAAAAAUAAAAUAUUAUUUUUUUUUCAUUUACGAUUAACAUUAUAAAAUAAAUAAAUAAAAAAAAAAAUUUAUCUAAAAUUAAUAAUAGCUAAGAAUCAUUAUAAAAAUUGAUAAGAAUUAAAAAAUAGAAAAACAUUUUUAAUAUAAAAGUUAAAAAUAUUAUUGUUAAUGUAAAAAAAUAAUUAUUAUCAUUUUUUAAUAUGAAAAAUAAUAAUCAUGAUAAUUGCGAGUUUAUUCAACAACUUGUAUUAGGACAAGUGGGGAUUGAGUUUUAUCGUAUCGUUGUAAAGUCAUUACCUCAGUCUCACAUAUCGAGUACACUCUAAAAGUGCUCCGAAUUUUGUUUAUAUUUUUGAUAAUUUUGUGUUAAAAUGACGAGAUUUAGGACACUAUGUACCAGCCUUGUGGUCAUCAGUCUUAGUGGUGCAUCAAUUGCUGCUGCAUGGAAAAGGGAUUCUAAAGAAGAAAUGGAAAGUGAUGCUGUUAAUCAGGAUACAUUACGACAAGUUACAAUUUUAAUGAGACACGGAGAAAGAGCACCAGUUGAUACAUAUCCAAAGGAUCCAAAUAUCAAUGGUACCAUGGAACCAAAUGGAUGGGGACAAUUAACAAACAAAGGAAAAGAAAAUAUAUCAAAACAAGGAGCUAAUCUUCGACAACGUUACAACAAAUUUCUCGGUGAUACUUAUAGUCCAGAUGUAUAUUGGCUUCAAACAAGUUCAGCAGAUAGAACCAAAAUGACAGGAAGCACAUUAAGCUCAACACUUUGGCCACCAAGUGAUAAACAAAGAUUUAAUUGGCAAUUAAAUUGGCAACCAGUUGUUUCUAAUUACUGGACAAGACAAAAUGAUAAUCUUUUGAUAAUAUGGAAUGCUUGUCCAAAAUUAACACAAGAAAGAAUGAAGCUUGAAACAUCAGAUGAUCUUAAAAUUAAAAAUGAAGAAAAUAAAAAAUUAUACUCAGAAUUGACUAAAUUAACAGGAAAAAAUAUAUCAUCACCUGCUGAUGUUGGUGAUGUUUAUGGAACAUUAAAAUCUGAGGAUGCAAUGGGAAUAGAAUUACCAGAAUGGACAAAAAAUUAUUAUCCAGAUAAAUUAACUGGUCUAUCAGCUGAUAGUCUUGAAAUGAAUGUUGGUAAUGAUAUUUUAAAAAGACUAGCUGGUGGUCCAUUUAUAAAAAAAGCUGUUGUAAAAAUGCAAGCUAAAGCAAGUGGUAAUUUAAAGCCAGAAAAACGUAAAAUGUUUGCAUAUAUUGCUCAUGACAGUACGAUUGUCAAUGUUCUUGUUGCCAUGGGAGUUUGGGAUGGUCAAGUACCAGAUUUUAGUGCAAUGAUUAUCAUUGAAUUACAUGAAGUCAAUGGAAAUUGGAAUGUUCAAGUCUUUGAAAGAAAAUCAGUUGAUAAACCUAUCAAGUCACUCAUCAUUCCUGGAUGUGAACGUGAAUGUCCAUUAAAUAAAUUUGCUGAACUUAUGAAGCCAGUUAUGCCUGAUAAUUAUUCUGCAGAAUGUAAAGUCUCUGAUCCACAUUAUGAUAUUCCUGCUGCUCCACCAGCAUAACUUUUAUAAUAACUUGAAGUAGUUAACAAUUUUAUCGUUAUAAUUAUUAAUUAAUUUUAUAAAUAUUCAAUAAAUAAAUAACAAAUUGUAAACUUGAUUAUAAUUACAAUAAGUAACAUGUUAUUUUUUUAAAUAAAUUAAUUUGUUUUAAUAAUGUUUUCUUUAACUUUGUUUUUAUCUUUUUAACAACUCAAAAGUUUUUGUUUACUGCAUAUUAAUAAUUGAAUAUUUUCAAUAUAAAAUUCCCAUAAUUUUAUUUGAGAAUUAAUUAUAUAUUAAAUAUAAAUUUGCAGAUUUAAAAAA